AUGGAAGAAAGCAUUGCGAUUUUCCCUGCACAACAGUCUGAAGCUCAACAUCUCACGCACCCAGAAACAAAGGAACUUAGAUUCCAGCAGUGAUCGUCAAUUCAAGAGCUCAUAUUAAGCAUUUGGGAGCUUGAGAUCGUCUGAAGUUAAAGAUCGCGUUUUGGGAUUUUGCUUCUCUUUGGGGCGAAAACGUUGAUAAAAUGGAGGCUGAUAGGUUGAAUUCUCCAAGUACAUCCGUAAUUACUUUUGAAGUAUUGGGUCAUCAACUGCACUUCUAUCAGGAUCCUAAUUCCAAACAUUUGGGAACUACAGUUUGGGACACAUCAAUGGUGUUUGCCAAAUUUCUGGAAAAGAAUUGCAGAAAGGGAAGGUUUUGCCCAUCCAAACUAAAAGGAAAGCGUGUUAUUGAACUUGGAGCAGGUUGUGGAGUAGCGGGGUUUGGAAUGGCAUGUCUAGGAUGUGAUGUAGUUUCCACAGACCAAAUCGAGGUCGUGCCAUUGUUGAGGAGAAAUGUAGAACGCAAUAGCUCAAGGAUCAUGCAGAUGAAUUCUAAUUCAGAUUCAUUUGGAUCAAUUAAAGUUGCGGAGUUGGAUUGGGGAAAUGAAGAUCAUAUAAAAGCUGUUGCUCCACCAUUUGACUACGUUAUUGGUACAGACGUCGUUUAUGCGGAGCAUCUCGUGGAACCUCUAUUACAAACAAUUAUCGCAUUAUCAAGCCCAAAAACCACAAUUAUGUUGGGUCAUGAGAUCCGUUCUACUAGCGUCCAUGAGCAAAUGCUUCAAACCUGGAAAAUUUUCUUUGACGUGAAGAUUGUCCCAAAAGCCAAGAUGGACAGUAAGUACCAACAUCCGAGUAUUCAACUCUUCAUUAUGGGGCAAAAGUCCUCUGCUGUUACUGCAGAGAAGGCAGAGCCUGCCAUUCGCUCAGAGAAGCUGGAGAAAACGGCUCAGGAUAUUGAGCCCCAAGUUAACGAGGUUGAACCAAGCAAAACCGAUCAAGACAAGGAGAAGAAUCGUGGAAGUAGUUCUUUGGUAGACGAUCUUCCAUUGACAAGACUCCCCGACGAGAAGCUUAGUGAAUGGGAGGCAAGAAGAUACGGCUCGAUGGCUGCCAGUCUUCUAUGCGACGUAAAGAUUACUUAAAAUUUCCAGGUAUUUUUAUGUGCUAAAAUUUUCCUAGU